AUACACUCACUCAUACACACAAUCUUUACUGCCUCUAGUUUAGAACUCUACGUUAGACCAAAUCUUCACCCUAGUUGCUUUAACAGUGCUGUUUACAAGCUGUUUCCACCCGCUCCUUUACAUAUUUCAUUUACGGUCAGUGAUAGCUCAGACCCUCACGUGACAGAGGUCUUCAUUUAGGCACGAGGCGGCUUCGCGGUGACAGUCCAGAUGUGCGCGCGCACCAGACUGACACCUGUGCGUUCUUGAAGACAAAGGAACAAGUGAUUAUUAAAAAAACAAAAACAAACAACGAUGAUAACGGCUUUACGAGAAUGACUGAGAUGCCACCUGGAAUGCUGUCGGCUUUGUCGUGCUCUUAUCUUAAGAUUUCUAAAACUUAACCGGUAGUGAUGGAGAAAAAACACCAGCUGGAGAAACACCAGCUGGAGAAAAAACACCAGCCAGAUGGGCAUGUGGAAGCUCCAGAUGGAGGUUGGGGCUGGGUGGUGGUGUUUGUACUCUUCAUGGUUUCAGCCCUGGUUUUUGGGCUCAUCCGCAGUCUGGGGGUUUUCUUUGUGGAGUUUGUGCAGUACUUUGAGGAGAGCGCUCAGGCUGUUUCCUGGAUAACCUCCAUAGGAGUGGCCAUGCAGCAGUUACUGAGUCCUAUAGGCACUGCUGCUUGUAAUGCAUAUGGGGCUCGGCCUGUUGUUAUGACGGGAGGCUUACUUUCUGGACUAGGACUCAUUCUGGCUUCUCGGGCUACAACACUCAAACACCUCUACCUGAGCAUGGGACUCAUUUCAGGGUCAGGCUGGGCUCUAGUCUUCACCCCUACAAUAGCCUCAGUGAUGCAGUAUUUCAGCACACGGCGUUCUCUAGCUAUGGGUCUUGGCUUCACAGGUGUUGGUUUAUCCUCCUUUGCAUUUUCUCCACUUUUCCAAUACCUGGUACAGGUGUAUGGGUGGCGUGGGGCACUCCUGAUUCUCGGCGGUCUUAGCCUCAACAUUGUUGCCAGCGGUGCCCUUAUUCGCCCACUCAGACCCAGUAAAGUUGCAGAAAAGAGUAAAAAUGAGAGCUGUAUGUCUUUCCUUUCCCAUACCUGUGAGUAUUUUGAGCUGUCACUGCUCUUGCACCGAGGCUUCCUGACCUACAGCUUGGCCGUCACAUGCUUCAAUGCCGGGUACUUUAUUCCAUAUGUCCACCUUGUGGCCCACAGCCGCCUUGUGGGCUUUAGCGAAUUCCAGGCUGCAUUUGUCAUUUCCAGCACGGGUGUGACGGACAUUGUGGGGCGUGUAGUGUCCGGCUGGGUCUCGGAUUUGCCAUGUGUGCGCUCGCUCCACCUACUGACCAUAUGGACGGCUUUAGUGGCUCUGUUCCUCCUGCUGCUGCCCCUCUGCUCAAUGCAAGGGAACUAUGGGGGUCUGCUGGCAGUCAGCCUGGCAUAUGGCUUCUCUGCUGGUGCUAUGACCCCACUGGUGUUCUCCGUGGUGCCAGAGAUUGUGGGGAUGGAACGCAUGGUCGGUGCGCUAGGACUCCUUCAGUUUAUUGAGAGCGUUGGAGGCCUACUUGGAGCUCCACUGUCAGGUUGGUUGAGGGACAUUACAGGUUCUUACAUAUGGUCCUUUGUGCUAGCCAGUGGAUUUCUCCUUGCGGGUACCAUUAUAACAAUGCUUCUUCCCAAUUUCUGCUCCUGUACUAACCCCCCACCCCUAUGCCCAAAGGAGUCCAAUAAUGAGUUAACAGAAGAUGAGUUACUCAAACAGGUUUUAUCCUUAGACCCUACAGAGAAUAUACAAAACACAGACAGGAUUCCAGAAACACUCCCAUCUCACGACCACUUAACAGACCUGGGUCUGGAAGUGGAAGACACAACUCUAACAGCAGACUGGACAGAAGAUGGCGAUACUUGCUGAUUGGCUGGAACAGCGGUAUGGGCUUGCCACAGGAAUCAUAUUGGCCAAGGAUACUGAUUUUAUGCUGCUUAUUUUUUUACCGUCAAAAAACUGGGACAACAUUUAAUGGUCAGUAGCAGGUAAAUGUAAACCAGUCAGAAAGAACCAUUAUCAAAAAAAUAUACCACCUCAGGUUCAUUUAGGAAUAAUGAUCAAGCAAGAAAACUGCUCCGGUUUUUAGGGUCAGACACAGAAUUGUCUGUGUUAGAAUCUUUAUAUGUUUACUGUCAUUGAAGUAAACCUAAAUCAACCCUGUAGACGCAUAUUCCACAGUGCUAAAAGCUUUCGUACCAACUGAAUAUCAGAAAUUCGGACUCACAGAAACCACGUUAAAAUUGGACCAGGUCACAUUUUUGCCAGUUUAUUGUUUUGCUGGAAGAUUAUUGGACUUAUCGCUAUUUUAACUGAUUUGUCCAGCAAUAGUGUAAUCUGCAUUAUUCUGUAUGUUCAAAGAGUAUAUAACAUUGUGGCGAUAUUAGGAACUGUUCUGAAUUUAUACUCUGUUACAAAUGGAGAAAGACUGCUGUAAUGCUACACCAGUGGUUUCCCUAAGCAGCCCAGAGAUCAGCUGCAUGGGGUCUGUUAUUGUGUAGUAACUGUGGUCAUUAAGGUACAUGAUGCACUUCAGCCUUUCAAGUGUUCUACACUUUAACUCACACAGGAGGGUGUUCUUUCUUUUGUUUUGCUUUUCUACUAUUUUGAAGAAGAACUUGAAGCACUGCAGGUUUCAAUAGCUUGCUAGCAGAGUAUUCUGAACCAGCAUCAGGAAGACCGAUAUUUUUUACACAGCAUAAAAGACAAAUAUUUUUACACAACAUAAUUGUUUAAUUAUCUCUGAAUGUCAUGUUCAGUACUCACUGGAAUUCUAGCUGAAUGUCACAGCAUACAUUUGCACUAUUUUUAUUUUUAACAACUGAAACCUUCUCCCAUAUGGGUUUUAUUCACUGUCGACUUGAACAAAAAAAAAAGAAAUGCUGCAUUUUUGGUCGGAGCUGUAGGCAUGUAGGCAUGCUGUGACAUGACCUUUAUCCUGGCAUCAGCGGAGGCACUUUCAGGGGACACAAGUUUAGUGCUGUAUAACAAGUGACUUUCUGUUUUUUAUUUUAAAUAACACUUCUUUUGAAAUUCCUAGUCUAUAAUAACAUGCCUUUUAUAACAUACAUGUUAUGCUGAUUUUCUUUAGGUUUUGCUUUUUUUUUUUAAACAUGAAAUAUUUCAGUCUUUUGUUGGCCUAAAUCUGUUUGCUUGUGAUGUACAUGUCAUAGUGUGUUGGAUUAUGGUUUAAGACAUUUUUGACAUUUUCCAGCUGGUUUGUUUAGAAAGACCCAGAAUUUUAAUGGUCUUUUUUAGGACAAUUAAAUUGUGGCAUUAUAGAAAAACCUUUUUUUUUCUCUCUCUCUCUCUGUUAGGACUAUUCUACCAAAAACAGGACAAAAUGCAAAAUAAAUGAUUGAGGUUUAAAUGUAAAUUAGGUUUAACCUGAACAAUUUCUUUUAAAUCAUGCUCUACAGGUUUAACCAUGAAAAGCAAAGCCGGGAGUAUUAACCAUUCAUUUUUUUUCCCCACUGAGACAUUCCUUUGGACCACUGACGAACAGAUAAAGCUCUUUCUAGUUGGGUAAUCUUAUUCAAAGGUCCAAACUUUGGUUUGAUACACGAGUCAACCUGUACACAUUUAGCUGGUCAUGCUUGUCUCUGGUACGUUACGUUAGUGGAGGAACAAAAUCAGUUACUUAUUGAACAUUACUCCAGCUUUUCUGAAGUCACUGUGACAUCAAAUUAAACAUUAUAUGUACUGAAUGACAUGGCUAAGCGGAUUAUUUUUCAGCAGUUAGUCUCAGAGGCCAUGUACGCUAUAUUUCACAAUCCUAUCU